CUGCCAUGGCUGAACGAAUGCCGCAGGCGGCCGAUAUCAAAAUUCGCACUCCAAACUCACUAAAUUUGCCCCCUUGGAGCACAUUGGUGGGAUUAAAAGAGCUCGUGGUGUGCCUCAGGCUUACCCCUUGUCGACGAUCAUCUGGGUAAGGCAGCAAUCACAUCUUCUGACUGGAAGCAUCAAAAGGAAUCGAAAAACUUGAGUCGCGAUACUGUCCAAAGGGUCUUGCAGAGUAAGGCUAACGUCAUUGCUCCGAGCGCUCGGUUGUCGACUGUUACUUGCAUGCCGCUGAGGGCUCUCGCGGGACGAAUCAAGCUUAAGCGGCGUCUCACUGCUGGAGCACGACCUGCUAUAGACACGGCGCAGCGCUUUCUGUUGACGAGUUGAAUCUACUUCGCUUGACCCGAUAACCUGUCCCACGAGAAGAGAACCACAUCAUCAGCCCUACGUGGCACAGCUCGCAAGAAGGGUCGAGGAUCUGCUUCGGAACAAUCCACGCCGCAACUUGCUUUUGUUUCAUUGGCUGGCUUCACUGUCCAUUUUCUACAGAAAGCUUCGAGCGUCAGGAUAACCUUGUACAGUGAUUGAGCGGACGAAUUAUCAUAUAAGACUCUGGAUCCCGUCGGCCCGCGCUGCACGACUAUCCGCAUCUAUGGGAUCUCAGGCAUGAAACGCAUAUCUCGGCUAUCCGAUCCAUUGCUCAUCAUUGCUUGAACAUUGGGUGGGUUGCAUGUGCAUGCAAGAGUAAAUUUUAUGCAAGCACUCGUUCGACUGCAGCAUAUCGAACAAUGUCAAUCAGGUUAGAGCAAGCGACCCGCUUGCCAAUCGUCUCUACCUUGCGGUUGCAAAAACUUUUCGCCAGCAUCACGCCAGAUACCUUCCAAUACCGCAUUGCCACAUCUCUACUUGUCCUGUUACCUUGCAUUGUCAUCGUUCGGGGUCUUCGAUCAAAGAGCAGGCAAACAAACUCUCGCCCGCCUUGCAGUAUUUCAGGUGGCAUGGGAACAGACGCGAUCGCAACUGAUCCUAGUCUGCUUAAAAAAUUCACAGUGUAUUCCUCGUAUUCUCCAGCAGCGACUGGGUACACGUACCCCUCCAUUAGAACGUUCUACAGAGAGCAUCCGCAGGGCGACAAGCUGCCGACUGAUCCGACCCCUCUGCCUCUAUUGGUCUUUAUUCACGGGCUUGGCGGAUCCGUUGCUCAGUUUCAUGCCCUCUUAACAUCACUCACAAACUGUGCAGAUUGUCUUGCAGUAGACUUGCCAGGAUGUGGACUGUCUGAAUUCUCUCCACAAGCAUGGGAGGCAUAUACAACGGAGAGUCUAGUUCAUCUACUUGCAGAUGUGAUUGAAAGACAUCGCAAGGGGAACCAGAAAAUAAUUUUGAUUUGCCAUUCGAUGGGAUGCUCGCUCGGUGCGCUUCUUGCGUCCUCGAAAUCCCCGUACAGUCACCUGCAGUCUCAACAUGUAAAGGCCUUGAUUUGCAUUUGCCCGGUAGCUGAGCCACCUACAGAGGCUCAAGUCAAACAAUUCCGAAGGUUCUUCUACGUUCCAGGGUGGUUGUUUGAUAUAUGGCGACGUUGGGAUCGGAGGGGUGGCACAGAAAGUGCUAGCGUUGCUAGAUUCACCGGAUUCGAUGCGGAAGAAGAAACUAAGAAGCUUCAGGUACGCUAUAACGAGCAAAGCAGAACUCCGGUGUGGAGGCGCAUGGCAUAUGGCUCUUUGCCUACCUACGUAAAUGGGAAGCCACGAGGAGGAAUACCAGGCGAAGACAUCUGGGCUGGCCUAACUUGUUCUGUAUUCCUGGUCGCUGGUGAAGCCGAUCCCAUUACGAAAGCGGACAAUGUGUACAAGAUUGCUGCUUUCUUAGGCCACGCAAAAGAGGUGGUUUUCCAGGGAAGCGCACCACCUAAUGAGUCUUUCAAGACGGUCACAGAAAGGCACAAUCGCGGGGACGUUCACUUCAGAGCCUUAAUCUUACCAGCACCUGCGUCACAUGCCUUGCUUUAUGCACCGAAGACAGCUCGUCCGUUAGCGGGACACAUUCAAUCCUUUUUGACCGAAGUGGACCAUCGUCUCUCUUUGGGAUGGCAACUGCAAUACCUUAGUGAAGGUGGGAAAUGGGACGUCAAGAAUCUGGCUAAAUGGCAGAGCGUCGAACCUGUAUCGAAGCCUAUCAAUGGAUUGUUUCGGGCGAUGAAGACUCUACGCGAAGUAGACCCGUCGCAUUCUCCGAGCGUGUUUGUCAAAGAGUGGUCGAGCGCAUCGUCUCCUAAAGGGAAAGACGGGCUGGGUCCAAUUGCAGCCGUGGUUGAUAUCUCUCACGAGACUCCAGUAUACGACAUGAACAAGCUCGAACGAGGUGGGAUAGCCUACCGAAAAUUCCCGACCGUAUCGAAACUUCCGCCUACCGUGGAUGAGGUUAAAUCUUUCAUUGAAGUAAUCGACAGCCUCCGGCGGGAGCUUCUGCUUGAUGAACAUGACGCCGUGACGAAGAGGAAGCGGGCACCUCCGCACUUCAUAGCAGUGCACUGCCACUAUGGGUUCAAUCGCACAGGCUUCUUCAUUGUUUGCUACCUAGUCGAGAAACUUGACUGGCGGCUUACUGAUGCGAUAGAGGAGUUUGGCAGAGCACGUCCUCCUGGAGUUCGCCACUCGUAUUUCAUUGAUGAGCUUUAUGCAAGAUAUUGGACGAGGGAUCAAGUCGAGAACUAGUGGGAAUCACCUACCUGAUAGAGGUUAGAAUUUUUCAAACAUUCAUGUAUUUUUAUCACACAGAGCGAAGACUGGUACGGACAGUGGAGAAUUAUGAGGACUAUGAUCGAACAUGUAUAAUUAUCUUUGUUCUUUAGUAGACAGUCCCAAGUAUGGC